AUGGACGUCGGCGAACUGCUCUCAUUUAAGCCAACACCAACACCAAAACGUCCUAAUGAAGAAGAUAGUGAUUCUGAUGACGACCAGAGUAAAGCAUCGAAAUAUCGCCGCUUGGGAAAAACGAAGUCUGAUUACUUAUUGCACACUGCAAGUAUUGUUCUCCCCAAGGAACCCGUCAUAUCUGAUAAAGAGAGAGAGGAUAUCCUCAGAUUUGUAGAAACGGAAGCUACAGAGGGUGAUGUUCUUGAUGAGACAGUUGUAAAAAAAUUGGUUCUUAAUUUUGAAAAAAAAGCACUAAGGAAUAGAGAGAUGAGAAUAAAGUUUCCGGAUCAACCUGAGAAGUUUAUGGACAGUGAAAUUGAUUUACAUGAAGCAUUACAGGACUUGAGUGCAGUGGCAACUGUUCCAGACCAAUAUCCUUUACUUGUGGAACUAAAAUGUGUGAAUUCACUAUUGGAGUUAUUGUCACAUGAUAAUACUGACAUUUCUACUAAAGUUGUAAAUCUGCUACAGGAACUGACAGAUGUGGACAUUCUCCAUGAGAGUGAGGAGGGUGCAGAGGAGUUAAUAAAUGCAAUGGCAGAGGCAGAAGCACCUGCACUAUUACUGCAUAACCUUGCAAGGCUUGAUGAGCAAGUCCCUGAUGAGAGAGAUGCUGUACAUAAUACACUAGGUAUCAUAGAAAAUCUUACUGAAUUCAGACCAGAAUUGUGUUCAGAAGUAGCAAAACAAGGAUUUUUACAAUGGAUACUCAAAAGACUGAAGUUGAAAGUACCAUUUGAUGGAAAUAAGUUGUAUGCCACAGAAAUUCUCUCCAUUCUAUUACAAACUACUCCUGACAACAGGAAGCUAUUGGGAGAGUUGGAUGGGAUUGAUGUAUUACUUCAACAGUUAGCGUUUUACAAACGUAACGACCCGAGUGGCGCCGAAGAACAGGAAGCUAUGGAGAACAUGUUCGACUCGUUAUGUUGCGCGCUUAUGGAGCCAACCAAUCGUGAUCGCUUCCUGCGAGGUGAAGGGUUGCAGUUGAUGAACCUUAUGCUUAGGGAAAAGAAAAUGUCUCGAAACGGGUCACUGAAAGUACUAGAUCACGCACUGGCUGGACCCGAGGGGCGCGAUAAUUGCAACAAAUUUGUAGAUAUUUUAGGACUGCGCACUGUUUUCCCUUUGUUCAUGAAAACACCUAAACGAAAGCGAAUUUUAACUGUGGAUCAGCAUGAAGAACAUGUUGUCUCGAUAAUAGCAUCAAUGUUACGCAACUGCCAAGGUAGCCAGAGACAGCGUCUAUUGGCGAAAUUCACAGAAAAUGACCUGGAGAAAGUCGACAGACUCCUAGAGUUACAUUUCAAAUAUAUGGACAAAGUAGACCGUACUGAAAAAGAAAUGGAGGUUAUGGGCCCAGAGACAGUCAACGUAUCAGCAAAAAUAAAUGACAGCCACGGUCAGAAAAACAAUUUUGAAUGUUAUCGUUGUGGUCGUCGGGGGCAUUUAGCGAGAGAGUGCAGAACUAAGAAUAUCAGUAAGCAUAAACAAAGUGGACAAAAGGUGGAAAAUAGUGUUGACAACAAUCAAAAGACAACAAUGUUACUGAGUACUACCGAAGAGAUUAUGUUAGGUAAGAAAUUAAAUCCUAUUUGGUGCAUUAAUAGUGGAUGCACAGGUCAUAAGUGCAAUGACAAGCAAAUUAUCGAUGAUUUUAGGCGACAAGACGCCGAGUUAAAUUUAGCUAAUUACGACAGAACACAAAUUACGUGCACUGGUAAGGUAAAGAUUUCUGUUGACACGGGCAGUGAAGAACGUCAGAUUGAUAUAGAAAAAGUGUUCUACGUAUCCGAUUUACGAACAAACUUAUUAUCAGUGGCCAAGGUGACAGAUCGCGGGUUCGAGGUUCACUUCAGGAAGAAUGAUGCCAUUGUUAUUGAUAACAAUAAUAAAAUACAUAUGCGUGCAGAUAGAGUUGGUAAUCUGUAUUAUGUUCGUAUGAGUCAAAACUCAGUUAAUAAUUUUGAAGCUGUGAAAAGAUCGAUAGACAUCUGGCAUCAACGUCUCGGACAUCUGAGCGAAAGCGACCUAAAAGCUAUGGCAAAGAGUAGCUUAGUACAUGGGCUAACAUUCAAGAGUGACGAAAAGUUGUCUGAAUGCAAGAUUUGUAUAAGUGAAAAACAGACCUGUACCCCUUUUCCAAAGAAAAGAAUUUUUGUAGGCUACGAUAUUCAAUCAAAAGCAUAUAGAAUACAUGACCCUACAACAAGAAAGAUUGCUGUGACUCGUGACGUGAAAUUUAUGAAUGAGACAGCGUUUAGACACGAAUACAAAGAAAUACUUGACAAAGAAGAAGACACCGAUGAAGAACACAUGAGAAUUGAUUUCCACGAGCCUAUUGAAAAGAAUGAAACAAAGGCGGGAAGACCGCGGAAAGAGUAUCAUACGCUGAAAGAUAAUACUUCAAAUAGUGAAAGUGAAUUCGAUGAACCACCCGACCAGAUAAGUGCUGGGAUAGCGAUGAUAGAACCAAUGACGUGGAAAGAUAUAGAGAAGAGAAGUGACUUAAAUCUAUGGAAAUCUGCUCUAGAAAACGAGUAUUUGUCACAGAUAAAAAACGAAACCUGGGAGAUUGUACCACGACCAAAAGACCGAAAGCAAGAAGCCGAGGAAUUGGAUGAUGAUGGUCAGUAUUUAAGGAGAUUAUCUGGUGGACUUUUCACAUUGCAACUGAUUGACAGAAUUAUUCUAGAGGUGUGUACUGCGGGCCCUUCAACGGUUAAACAGCGUGUACAACGUGUGUUGUCUUUACGCGGCGGUUCUCUGAAAAUUAUUCGUCACGUCAUGAGGGAAUACGCAGGCAACCUUGGCGAUGCUGGGAGCGAUGACUGGCGCCAGCAGGAACAACAGCAUAUAUUACAACUUGUAGAUAAAUUCUAA